AGACGAUAGCAUCUGAUAACUCUUUUAUUCGUCUUUCCCUAUCAUUCUAUUUUGUAUUCAUAGCAGAUCAUGGCGUGCACACGAGAGACAAUUCUAAGCCUUUACCGGAAUUUAAUUCGUGAAAGCAAGAAAUGGAGUGCUUAUAAUUACAGAAUGUAUGCACUGCGAAAAAUACGACAUGAAUUUCAACAAAAUAAGCUGCUAACAGAUCCAACCAAAAUUGAAGAAUGUUAUCGACAAGGGCAUGAAGCUUUAGAAAUGAUAAUAAGACAAGUAACCAUAGGAAAUCUCUAUGGCACUGGGCCACUGGUCAUUGAAAAACAAAAAACAAAUGUACAAUAACAUUGACCCUAUACAUUUAUUAAUGCAAGUAACGAUCCUGAAGGAAUUAUUAGUAACAGAUAAAAAUGGCUGAUCUAGUAAGAAUUAUGAUUCCUAUUUAAAAUAUUUGUAGUAAUAUUGCAAUGCACCAUAAAUUAAAAUGAUUGGAAGACAAAAGCUUCUUCAUAAGUUAUCUUAAUGAUGCAGCAAUAUAUGGAUGAAAAUAAAGCACAUUAUAAAUUUUGGAAUACACUUAAAUUUUAAUUUGUGAAUUAUUAUAUUUGCCAUGUCAUUUGUGCAUUGUAUAGAUGUAUAAAUCUCAUAUUACAAAUUUUGUACAUUUAUAGGAUAAUCAGCAUUUGUAAAUAAAUAUUAAAUAUUGAUAUUAUUUUCCUGAAAA